AGCAAUGGUUAAAUCCUCUUUGCUGUUAUCCAUUUGACUACAUUCACCACAGAACACUUUUACUCUAGCGAGAGUCACUAAAACCAACGUUGGUACUAGAUUUUAGAGACAUGCCUAAAGAGCAGUAUCGAGAAACAUAUGUGGGAAGGAAAAUAUCCCAUGUUACUUUCAAUGUUGAUGGUGCAUCAGAUAUACAGCUGGCUGCUCAAAUUCAAGUGAUUACAAAGAAUUUGUAUGCCCAGGAUGGACAGCGUGUGCCGGCCAGUUAUGGUGUAUUGGAUCGGCGAAUGGGUACCAAUCAGAAGGAUGCCAACUGUGAAACCUGUGGCCUGGGGCUGGCGGACUGUGUGGGACACUAUGGCUACAUAGAACUAGCACUGCCUGUCUUUCAUGUUGGAUACUUUAGGUCUGUGAUUACAAUAUUGCAGACUAUUUGCAAACACUGUGCUAAAAUAAUGUUACAAGAACCCUUAAAAAGAUCUUACCGUCGCAAGUUUCUGAACCCUGAAUUGUCAUACUUGCACAAGAAGAGUCUUCGUGCAGCUGUACUGAAGAAAGCAAAGACUUGCACAAAGUGUCCACACUGUGAAACAUUAAAUGGUGUGGUGAAGAAGAGUCCUGCUGGUAUUUUGAAAAUAAUACAUGACAAGUAUAGGAACAAGAAACCGGGUGAUCCAAUUGUUACAAGGGUGUUGAUGGAUUUUAAUGAAGCAAAAGAAUCUAAUAAGGAAUUAGCUACAAUGUUGUCUAGUGGUCUUAUUGCGGAGCUUAGUCCUGUUGAGGUUCUAAAUUUGUUCCGACGCAUUCCUGAUGAAGACAUCGCAUUGCUCGGAAUGAACGCUAAAACUUCGAGACCGGAAGAUCUAAUCCUUACAAGACUACCAGUACCGCCAUUGUGCAUAAGGCCUAGUGUAGCUUCAGAUAUCAAGGCUGGCACAAAUGAAGACGACCUCACCAUGAAACAAUCUGAGAUACUUCUGAUCAACGACGUGAUAGCGCGGCACAUGGCCAGCGGCGGUAAGAUCGAGCUGGUGCAGGAAGACUGGGACUAUCUGCAGCUGCACUGCGCUCUCUACAUCAACAGCGAGAUGUCCGGGAUUCCCAUGUCAAUGCAGCCUAAAAAGCCAGGUCGAGGACUAGUUCAGCGGCUGAAGGGAAAACAAGGCCGGUUUAGGGGCAACCUGUCUGGCAAGCGUGUCGACUUCUCCAGCCGCACUGUCAUCUCACCAGAUCCCAACCUUCAAAUACAGGAGGUAGGAGUGCCAGUUCACGUAGCUAAAAUAUUGACUUACCCUGAGAAGGUGUUUCCCGCCAACCUUCAGUGGUUGAGGAAACUGGUCUGCAACGGACCAGACGUCCAUCCCGGAGCCAACUAUGUUCAGCAGCGGGGACUAAACAAGAAGUUUCUCAAGUACGGCAAUAGAGAGAAGAUUGCGCAGGAGUUGAAAUGUGGAGACACCGUAGAGCGUCAUUUGGUGGAUGGCGACGUGGUACUAUUCAACAGGCAACCUUCGCUGCACAAGCUGUCCAUAAUGUGCCACCGCGCCAGGGUGCAGCCACAACGCACCUUCAGGUUCAACGAGUGCGUGUGCACCCCGUACAACGCGGACUUCGACGGAGACGAGAUGAACAUGCACCUCCCGCAGACCGAGGAGGCCAGGGCUGAAGCGCUCAUACUCAUGGGGAAUAAAUCAAAUCUGGUGACACCCCGGAACGGUGAGCUGUUGAUCGCCGCGACUCAGGACUUCAUCACGGGCGGGUACCUCAUCACCCAGCGCGACACCUUCUUCACCAAGCACGAUGCUCACCAGCUGGCCAGCUGCCUGCUCGCUGGGCCAGACGCCACCAUGAGGAUCGACAUGCCCCCGCCGGCCAUACUCAAGCCGAGGAAGCUGUGGACUGGCAAACAGAUAUUUAGUUUAAUAAUGAAACCCAACAAGAAAUGCGAAGUGCGAGCGAACUUGGAGACCAAAGGCAAGAACUACACCAGGAACAGUGAUCUGUGUGUGCAGGACUCGUAUGUGAUAAUAAGAAAUUCAGAGCUGCUGUGUGGAUCGAUGGACAAGAGCACCCUGGGCUCAGGCACAAAGAACAGCAUAUUUUAUAUUCUGCUGCGGGACUGGGGCGAGGACUACGCCGUCAGGGGAAUGUGGAGGUUGGCGCGCAUGGCGUCCUACUACAUGAUGAACCGCGGAUUCAGCUUUGGAAUCAGCGACGUGACGCCGGGUGCCAAGCUUAUCCAGGCCAAGAACGCGCUCCUCGACUCCGGAUAUUCCAAAUGCGAUGGCUACAUCUUGGAGAUGGAAAAAGGCACAUUGCAGUGUCAGCCGGGGUGCUCCAUGGAGGAGAGCCUAGAGGCGGUCAUGCUGAGCGAGUUGAGCAGCAUCAGAGAGUUAGCGGCCAAGGCGUGCUUCCGAGAGCUGCAUCCGACCAAUGCGCCGCUCAUCAUGGCACAGAGUGGUUCGAAAGGAUCAAACAUCAACAUAUCGCAAAUGAUAGCGUGCGUCGGACAACAGGCACUCAAUGGUAAACGAGUGCCCAACGGCUUCGAGGACAGAUCCCUGCCGCACUUCGAGAGACACUCAAAGAUUCCGGCGGCGCGGGGCUUCGUAGAGAACAGUUUCUACUCGGGGCUGACUCCCACCGAGUUCUUUUUCCACACCAUGGGAGGUCGCGAGGGCCUCGUCGACACCGCCGUCAAGACCGCUGAGACCGGAUACUUGCAGCGGCGACUUGUCAAGUCGCUUGAAGACCUGGUCCUUCACUACGACAUGACGGUGCGCAACGCGACCGGCGAGGUGGUGCAGUUCGAGUACGGCAGCGACAGUCUGGACCCCAGCUACAUGGAGGCGGCCGACCGCCCCGUCAACCUGGCGCGCGUGCUGCUCGACGUGCGGGCGCACUCGCAGCACCAGUACGACUAUCACCAAGAUGAAGAACCAUUGGACGGCGAUGGCAUCAUGCUGGCUGCCGAAGAGACCCUCGCAUUAGACGAUUUCAAGAAUUGCCCGCAGGAGUUCAAAACUGAAUUACUAACAUUCCUGCAGUCGAUAGCGGACAAGGUGCGGCGGCUGCGUGCGCGGUACGCCAGCUGCGGGCCCGUGGCGCGGCAGCUGGAGCGGCUGACGCUCACGCAGCUGGUGCGGUUCGUGCGCGUGUGCCACGACAAGUACCAGCGCAGCAUUAUAGAGCCCGGCACGGCCGUGGGCGCGCUGGCGGCGCAGAGUAUCGGCGAGCCGGGUACUCAAAUGACUCUGAAGACGUUCCACUUCGCGGGCGUGGCUUCCAUGAACAUCACGCAGGGCGUGCCGCGCGUCAAGGAGAUCAUCAACGCAUCGAAGAACAUCUCCACGCCAAUCAUCACCGCCGAGUUGGUACAGCCGCAUGACCAGGAGUUCGCCAGGAGGGUCAAAGGACGGAUCGAGAAAACAACAUUAGGAGAGAUAACGACGUACAUAGAGGAGGUGUACUUGCCUAAUUCCUGCUUCCUGCUGGUCCGCCUGGAUGCCGAACGGAUACGCCUGUUGUGUCUGGAGGUCAACGUGCAUUCUAUCGUAUAUUCCAUUUGCACAUCGAAGCUGAAGAUAAAGCCGAGCAACAUCGAGGUAGUGAGCGAGUGGGCCGUACGUGUGUAUGCGGCGCGAGGCAAGAGCGGCGGCGGCUGGCUCAACCUGGCGCUGCAGCAGCUGGCGCGGCAGCUGCCCGACGUGGUGGUCCAGGGGCUGCCCAAGGUGUCGCGGGCGGUCAUAGCGCAGGACGACUCCGGGCACAUCAGGUACAAGCUGUGUGUGGAAGGGGACGGCCUCCGCGACGUGAUGGCAACAUACGGCGUCGACGGCACCAAAACUACCUCCAAUAAUAUUUUAGAGGUGUACCAUACCCUGGGCAUCGAGGCGGCCGUGUCCACCAUCAUCAGCGAGAUCCAGGGGGUGAUGGCGGGCCACGGCAUGGCGGUGGACCGGCGCCACGUGGCGCUGCUGUCGGCCCAGAUGUGCGCCCGCGGUGAAGUGCUGGGCAUCACUCGCUACGGCCUGGCGCGGAUGAAGGACUCCGUGCUCAACCUGGCCAGUUUCGAGAAGACAGCGGACCACUUGUUCGACGCAGCGUACUACGGGCAGCGGGACAGCAUCGAGGGCGUGUCCGAGUGCAUCAUCCUGGGCGUGCCCGCCAACAUCGGCACGGGCGUGAUGCAGCUGCUGCACCGGCACGAGCAGACCACUGGCACCACUGGGACCACUGGGACCGCUGGGACCACUGGGACCGCUGGGACCACUGGCACCACUGACCCGCCGCCUUGCGCCGCCAGGCAACUGCUCUUCGACAGACCAGACUUUCACACGUCCAUUUGGGAAUAAAUUAUUUUUAUUGUA